AUGACACGAGUACUGAUCUUUGGAGCUGGAGGUGUUGGAAGUGUGUAUGGCUGGAUUCUUGAACAAGCCGGUGCACAAGUUACGGCAGUCUGUCGUUCGAAUUAUCACCAGGUCAAGCAAAAUGGAUUGUUGAUUCGCUCCAGGAAAUGGGGGACGUUGAUACACAAGCCAGUCGCAGUCUCUUCUGUUGCAGAAGCUAAUGUGUACGGUCCCUUCGACUAUAUCCUGGUUUGCAGCAAAGCGUUUCCCCACACUCACACGUUGAUCAAAGAUGCCGUUUCUGAGAAUACUGCAAUUGUACUGGCACAGAAUGGCAUCGGUAUUGAAGAGUCCUACCGUCAAGCGUACCCACAGAACAUUAUCAUUUCUGGUGUGGUCUAUCUACCUGUUGUGCAGGUCGAACAGGGGGUCGUAGAGCAUGGAACACCUCUGGAGCGAUUUGAGGUCGGUGUAUAUCCUGCCUCUGGCUCGGAAGCAGCACGAUCGAAGAUUCGAGGUCUGGUCGAGCAAUUCACGAAUGCUGGUGCUACCUGUGUGGCUUACGGUGACAUACAAGCUCAAAGAUGGUAUAAGUUAGCCCUCAACGCAACCUUGAACCCCGUGUGUGCGCUAACUCUCUGUGAUGACGGAAAUUUUCUACGCUCAUCUGAGGGAGCACUAGACAUGGCCUGCGAUAUUAUGAGGGAGGUCGGCCACGUUGCUUCUGCUAUGGGAUACAACGUUAUAUCAGAAGAGACAAUUCAAGACCACAUGAAACGACAUGUUGAGCGUAUGACGACUGGAGGCAAGGAGCCGAGCAUGUUGCAGGAUAUCAAACAAGCAAGACCCAUAGAAGUUGAAGCCAUCUUGGGUAAUCUUCUCAAUAUCGCAGCCACUACGAAGGUCAGAACGCCGUACUUGCGGCUUUUCCCUGUAAUGCUUCGUACCGUUGUGUAUAAUGACAAUGCCGCUCGUACUAUCAGAGCCGAACGCGCGUACAGGAGUGUAGACGACUGGGACCUUCCCAACGAAAUGAAGGUGUGGUUCGAAUAUCCAGAGUCGACGCGUUUCGCGAGGUAUCCAUACGACAUCUUGUACACGCCUAUCUUUUUCGCGAAUGAAGGCGUCUCAGGUCACCUGUGCAUCGAGGCGAACGAGUCUAUAGCACACGAGAUACCACAACUGACUGCUGAGAUAGGAUUGACGGGUGGCGCAAGUUUGGGUUUACUGAAUAUUGGAGGCAGACCAACAAAUAUCUACGACACUCGUUAUGCAUUCUCCAUGGUAGGUUUUCGACCUGUGGUCUCUAUACCUGUACUAGACAUGUUCGAUACGCUUUCGGUAGAGGCAGGACAAUAUGAGAGAUCUGGUGUUCAUGGCAGGCGCAUUCCCUUCUCUUUCCCACUUGCAGCGCGGACCCUUGCACAGCUUAGGGAAGUGGUACCCUCUUUGAAGCUCAUUUCUUCUGACACGCAAACGACGUUGGACAUGUUGAAGGAACUCUCACCUACGAUGAUGAUCAACGUCUUGUACAAACUUGAGGUAAAAUUGUUCUGUGGUGAAGUUCAGAAGCAGAAAAUCGAACAGGAAAUCCGAAUCUGGGUUGCACUGGAUGAGUCGCAGGUUCCACCGCCUCUACCUGACAUUGGCGAGGAAGUAACACAACAUCGAAGAUCAAGUAUUGUGUCUCUGAAGCGGUCACGGUCGUUCUUCUCCUCCUCCAAUCGAAGGAAAAGUGUUCAUGAUGGUGGUAGUCACAUCAUUGUGGAAGCCGAAGAGCCUCAGCCUUUCUGCUUUCAACUUCGCAACGAUGCUGCGGCCACAAAAGUGCGGCUUACGUUAACCUAUAGAAGCACUGAUCCGGGCACGGAGGCAGCACAACCACCGGCGCCUGUACAAGGCAACGUCGAAUGGCUCAUGAAAUCCAUCUCUACACUAGCUGUGCAACCGAACAAUCGUCCGCCAGAAGCACCACCAUCCGAGGAUUACUUUCAUCUACGCACCAGACAUCUACCGGUGAAGAAGCUGAAGAUGACCUGGACGAAGUGGACCAGACCCGAGGUAGAAGAUGGCAAUGGAAGUGUAUGGACGUCGUCGCAGGACCUAUGGCUAACACUCUCAACGACAACAGGGCAUACCCCAACAUUUCGCACAUCGUUUCUCUCCCAUACAUACACUAUAUGGCUCUCGAUUGGUCUCAGUGGUAAAAGCCUAAAGGGUAGAGGUUUUAAAGUUGAGCUUAAUCUGCCUGUAAACGUACGGUAUGAUAUUGGCUUAGCUCCGAGCUAUACGAUCGAUCCAGGAUUACCUUCUUACGAAGUCGACCAAGGUCAAAACACGCAACAGCCGGGUCCAGGUCCUGAUUAUCCCGAGCCACCUCCACCACAUGAAGAUGCUGAUCCUCAUCUUGGACUUGCGCAGCGAGGUGCCCGAAUGCCGCACUACACGCCGGACGAGCUAGCAGACUUGGUUCGUAAUACAGGAUUGAACGCGCAAGAGGGACGUAACUCAUCAGCUUUGGGGUCGCCUUGA